CUGUAGGACGGAUUUUACCCGUCCCAGAGAUAGGCGUACACGCGCAUGACGUGCAGUAAAUCUUAGCCCGAGUAUCUGCCUUUUAGCCCAAGGUCAUUAACCAGACAGAAAUGCAACAUGCUUACAGUAUUGUGUCAGGCAAUUGAGCUCCUGUAAGUAUACAGUGCAGCCAAGACCAACGCUACGAUCUAAAUAUUGUACCCUGUCUCUCUACGCUAUAUAUACGGCAUGCUUCCUGCUGCUAAAAGCUUCCACCCACAUACUACCCUCAACCUCCACCUUUCCAAUACCAUGACUCAUAUUAUCAAGCUUACAAACUGCUCUUUGUGCGACGAAGGGCUGAUGCAGAAGAAGGACCUAUGGGUUGAUGCCCACCGAGGGGUCAUCAUCAAUGCUCCGGUUGGGGCCAUUGUUUACGAAACCGUGGAUAUGACCGGGUUGGUCGUUGCUCCCGGCUUCAUCGAUGUGCAAAUAAACGGAGCCUUUGGGUUUGAUUUUUCCCGUUCCGUUACAAAUGAAAAUGAGGUCAGGCUGUAUGUCCAGGACUAUGAACACGCCAUGAGAAAGUACUUGUCGACCGGGGUCACCAGUAUCUGUCCUACCUUGACUUCCAGUUACCCUGAGGUUUACCGAAACGUGUUACCGCUUGUGGGCAACAAACGUGUCAGCGACCAGACGGAGUCGUUAGGCGCGCAUUGUGAAGGGCCGUUCAUUUCCCGCGAUAAGAAGGGGUGUCAUCCCGUGGAUUGUCUCGUCACCGCGCCGGCAAAGUUCAAGUCUAUGGAGGAAGUUUACGGAGCCGACAAUUUCAAAAACAUUGCCAUCAUUACUGCUGCUCCGGAGGUGGAGGGAGUUUUGGAAACCAUUCCUCGGCUCGUCGAAAGUGGCGUUACCGUCUCCAUCGGGCACACUACCGCCUCCUACGAUCUUGGGGUUAAAGCAGUUCAACAGGGUGCUAGCAUGGUUACCCAUAUGUAUAAUGCCAUGCCCCAGCCACACCACCGCACCCCGGGGAUCUUUGGUCUCCUUGGCAUGGCCUUAGAUGAAGAGUCGAACGAGGCCCAUACCACAGCUGAAGGGCCUUACUUUGGUCUUGUGGCUGAUGGCGUGCAUCUACACCACUCGGCCGUCAGUAUUGCCUAUCACAGUGCCCCAGAUAAGUGCAUUCUCGUCACCGAUGCCAUGAUGUUGAUCGGGUUACCCGAUGGCGUGUACAAGUGGGAUGACCAGAAAAUCGUCAAAAGCGGCAAGUACCUUCAUUUAGAAGGUACUGACACCAUCGCUGGUAGCAGCACAGACCUUUCGGAAUGUUUGCGGAACUUGAUGAAGUGGUGCGACAUCGAUUUGGCCACCGCCGUCAAGACCGUGACCAACCAUCCUGCAAUGUCUAUUGGCAUGGGCGCCACCAAGGGUUUUUUGAGACCUGGUUGCGACGCUGACUUGACUAUUUUGGACAAGUUUGGAAACGUUCAGCAGGUGUACAAGUUGGGGAGGAAGGUCUUCAUGGAUUCCAAGAUCCGUUCCGUGUUGUAAUCUAGGUCUGGAUCAUUGACCUGAAACACUAACUUUAAAACUAAAGCUUUAUAAGUAUAGGACUGUCUAGUUUGGUUGAAAGUAGUGGGUACAAACCGAUAAAGCCCAAGGCUAGGCAUAUAGUGAAACCACUAUAUUGCUGAUAUCUUGAUACUCCCCGAUCUAUCCCUUGGACUUACUAGGGCUUAUGGUUGCGUCUCCAGGAGUCUCCCAACCCACUUUUAUAGAUUUUUUGCUAUCCGUAGAAUAUGCUCUGUAUUUUUGGUUUAUAAUGGCACGUACGUAAGCCAUUCAGAAGUUAAAACUAUAAAUUAAUC